UCAGCCGUGUCCAACUGUGUCGGCGAUGCAGCGCUCUCACUCCGCAGCUGAAUCAGAUUCGUGUGUGUCCACUCAGACCGACGCGUGGUGGAGACGCAGAUGCUCGCUUCUCUGACAUCAUGACGCAUCGAUAAAGCACCGCAAAUCCGAUUGGGCCACUUCUCUCUCUUGCCUCCUUUUCAUGGUUAGCUCCUCCUUCUUCUUCUUUUCUCAACGCCCCCGCCCCCCUUUUGGCCUUUUUUGUUUCUUCACUGAUUUGUUCUUGAAAUCGGUCGCGGAUUGUUAAGCCAGAAAGAGAGGUUAUGGCUUGGCAAGUGAUGGCUUUAGAUAUAAUAACUAGGAACAAUGUUAGCUUCUGCAGUAUUCGGUUCCUUUUUCACUUUAACAGUCGAAAUCUAGUAAUCCAUGGCACUUCGUAAGAGUAUGUUUACUACAUUAUGCGCAGAAACAUAGAAACUCACCUAUUAGGCAAAUGUUGGACAACAAUAUUGCUGAGUAUUCUGGUUUGGGGGAAGGAUCCUCUCACGACUUACAUAAGUAUCAAAAGGUUUCAAUCAUACCUCUUGUGUUCUUGAUCUUCUACGAGGUCUCAGGAGGUCCAUUUGGUGUCGAAGAUAGUGUCCAGGCAGCUGGUCCCCUUUUAGCCCUUCUUGGUUUUCUAGUUUUUGCAAUCAUAUGGAGUGUUCCAGAGGCCUUGAUAACUGCAGAAAUGGGUACUAUGUUCCCUGAGAAUGGGGGAUAUGUCGUUUGGGUCUCAUCGGCUUUGGGACCGUACUGGGGCUUUCAGCAAGGAUGGGUAAAAUGGCUUAGUGGGGUGAUUGAUAACGCUCUAUACCCUGUUCUGUUUCUUGACUAUCUCAAAUCAGCAAUUCCGGCUUUAGAAAGCGGUCUCCCAAGGACAGUUGCCGUGUUGGUUUUGACAGCAAUGCUCACUUACAUGAACUACAGGGGUUUGACAAUAGUGGGUUGGGCAGCUAUCUUACUGGGGGUGUUUUCACUUCUUCCUUUCAUAUUCAUGGGAUUUAUAGCAAUCCCCAAACUAAAUCCUUCAAAUUGGUUUGUGGUAAACCUGGAGACUGUGAAUUGGACUUUGUACUUGAACACGCUGUUUUGGAAUCUUAAUUACUGGGAUUCAAUUAGUACUCUUGCAGGGGAGGUGGAAAACCCUGGUACAACUCUUCCGAAAUCUCUCUUUUAUGCCCUUAUCUUGGUUGUCGUUGGAUACAUUUUCCCUCUUCUGAUUGGUACCGGAGCUGUUCCAGUUGAACGCGAACUAUGGUCAGAUGGGUAUUUUGCAGAUAUUGCUAAAAUGCUUGGAGGUGUAUGGUUAAGAACCUGGGUCCUAGCAGCUUCUGCUUUGUCAAACAUGGGUAUGUUUGUGGCUGAAAUGAGCAGCGACUCGUUUCAACUUUUGGGUAUGGCAGAACGUGGGAUGCUUCCUUCAAUCUUUGCCAAAAGAUCUCGUUACGGCACACCGCUUACCGGAAUCUUAUUCUCUGCGUCCGGUGUGAUCUUGCUUUCCUGGUUGAGCUUCCAAGAGAUUGUAGCUGCUGAGAACUACUUGUAUUGCUUUGGAAUGAUAAUGGAAUUCAUCGCGUUUGUGAAGUUGAGGAUGAAACACCCAGCUGCAUCGCGGCCUUUUAAGAUACCGGUGGGUACAGUGGGAGCAAUUUUGAUCUGCAUUCCUCCGGCGGUGUUAAUCUUUGUAGUUUUAGCUCUUGCUACUCCAAAGGUAAUGGCUGUUAGCAUCGCUGCGGUGAUCAUUGGGCUGCUUCUGCAGCCUUGCAUCGAGUACACGAAACAAAAGAGGUGGCUUAAUUUCUCCACGAAUUCUGACCUUCCAGACAUCCACAAUGCAUAUGAUCAGUAUAGUGUUGUAGCAUGAUUCCAUCAAUAAAUGUAACCAUUUGGUGUUUGAAAUAAUUGGUUGUCUCUGACUUUGACAAAAAGUUUAGAAGAGCAUUUAAUUCAUAGAAGGUGUUUUGAAAAGAAGCACUUGAUAGAUGUUAGUUUA